GCUGCGCAGUGGCGCGGCUUGAAUUCGGCGCCACCGGGCCCGGGAGUCGCCCCGCGGCGGCCUGAUUGGCAGCUGGCUGGCCGCGCGCCCGCCUAUGGCGAGGCCUGUUUACGCCGAGCGAGCGGCACGAGCGCCCGGGCGCCCAGGGCGGCGCGGCCAAUGAGCGCGCGGGCUGCGCGGGGCCGAGUGGCACGAGCUGAUUAGUAUGCGGGGCCCGCGGCCGGCCGCGCUGGGCUGCAGGUUUGCGCGCGGCCCCGGACGGGGCGGGCUCGAGUCGCCUCCGCCGCCGCGGCGCGCUUACGGUGCGACAGUCAGCACGCCGCAAGUACCGAUAGGAAUACAAAACAAAGUCACAUUUUCUGGGCCCUUUGUAUUGCAUUCAGUUGUCCAGGAAACAGCCUCCAAGACCAUGGACCCUCCCGGCGGCCUCCCGCUCGGUGCGCGGCCGCCCGCCGAGGACCCCAGCCCGCCCGCGUGCUGAGCGGCCCGCCGCCGACCCCCGGACGCCCCCCGCGCGCCGCCCGCACCCCGAGCCGCCCCCGGGCCCCGGCCGCGCUGCUCCGGGGAGGCGGCGGCGGGUCGGGGCCGGGGCCCGGCAUGGAUGGCCGCGACUUCGCGCCGCCGCAGCAUCUCCUGUCGGACCGCGGCAGCCUGGGACACCGCGGAGCGGCCGCGCAGCCCCCGGCGCACUUCCAGCCGGGGAAGUAUUUCCCGUCGCCGCUGCCCAUGGCUUCGCACACAGCUGGCAGCCGUCUGAUGGGAAGCUCUCCGGCAUCCUCAUUCAUGGGCGGCUUCCUCACCGGCAGCCUGGGCGCCACGGCCUCCACGCACGCUAGCGGCCCCACCUCGUCCCCCCCGGAGCAAGCCUACCGUGGCCCCCACCCCACGCCCUCCCAGAUCUGGUUCUCCCACCCCCACGAAGCUCCAGGGUACCCCAGGUUCUCGGGGAGUCUGGCGUCUUCCUUCCUACCCGUGAGCCACUUGGAUCACCAUGGAAACAGCAACGUUCUCUAUGGGCAGCACCGUUUCUAUGGAACCCAAAAAGAUAACUUCUACCUGCGCAACCUGCCCCCCCAGCCCACGCUCCUGCCUGCCAACCACAGCUUUCCUGGCAUGGCCCGGGCUGCACCCACCGCCCAUCACGUUGGCUCCUGCAGCCGGGACCGGGGCGAGACCGGCUCUCUGCCGAAGGCCCCCAAGGAGUUCGACCGCUUCCUCAUCGGCAAAGACAAGGCCAGCCAGGCAGCGGAAAGCAAGGAUGAGGACGGUGGCAAGGAGCGGCACAAGCUGGUGUUGCCCGUGCCAGCCGACGGGCACUGCAAAGAGGGCAACACGAUGCCCCGUGGGGCCUGUGAGGGCCGCCCCAAGCACCUCGCCUCCUGCCUGCUCAAUGCCAAGGUGCUCAAUGGCGAGGGAAGCAAAGCUGCGCUGCCCAACUGCGCAGCAGGGGCCAUGCUGGGAUGGCCAGGCACAGGUGCUGCGCCUUCAGGACGCUGUGCCAAGGAGGCAGCGGUGGUGGGUCCCACCGAGCCAGGGCCCGCCUUCAGCGAGUGCCUGGAGCGCCGGCAGAUGCUACACCACGCUGUGUCCUACACGGUGCCCUCCGGCCUGCCCACUGGGCCACCACCUCCCCUCAGCACAGCUGCUGCGGGAUCUUUCCCCUGCCUCCAGUUGCACGCUGGCCCAGAUGGGCUCUGCCCACUGCAGGACAAAGCCUCCCGGGACCUGAAGGCCAGCGGGCCCACCUUCGUGCCUUCCGUAGGACAUCUAACUGACAAGAGCCACCCCUUCCAAGCUGCCGAGGCCUGUGCCGUGGCCGGGGAGGGCAAGGACCGGCGCCCGGGGGGCACGAUGGCCCCUGACCACACCACAACAUACGGGGUCUCCUACGCCCACCUGAAGGCCGAGGGCAAGGGGGAAAGGCGGCCUGGGGGAUUCGAGACCACCCUCAACCCACGGCUAAAGGGUCUGGAGUACCUUGGCGCAGGGGUCCCCGAGGCGGCCUUUCCUGGGCUCCCCAAGAGUGGGCAGGACAAGAGCGGCUACUUCGAGUGGUCUGCCCCCUCGCAGGACUGUGCCAGGUCCAGUCACCAGGACCCACUGGGCGGGAAGGCUGCCCAGGCCUGCUGCACUUUAGACAAGGUGGCCAAGGAGACCCCUGCUGGGGUCCAGAAGGUAGCCCGGAUCCGGCAUCAGCAGCACUUGGGAGCCCCCGAGGUGGAGCCGACGGCUGCUGGGUGUGAGGUGAAACGCAGGUCCCUGGAGCUGGCUUCGCUGGGCUACGGCGGCCCCCACCUGCCCCCAUGGGGCGUGCAGGCCGCUCAGGCCCCUGCUGUGGCGGUGAGCGAGGAGCGCAAGGGCGGAGCCUACCUGGACCCCUUUGGCAGUGGCCUGCAACAGGCUGCCCUCCUGCCCCAGGAGUUGCCCGCCCCCACAGACGAGGUCUCAGCCAUGAAGAACCUACUCCAGUAUAGCAGUCAGGCCCUAGCCGUGGGCCAGAAGGCCCCCUUUGUAGGCCUGGGAGCCCUCAAGGCCAGCUGUGUCCAGCAGGAGGCCAAGUUCCCAGCCCCCAAGGGCUCUGGCCCAACCGACAGGCCCGACUGUGCCCGCAGCCGGGAGCACGAUACCACGCAUGGCGAUGGGGAGGUGCGGCAGCCCCCAGUGGGGAUUGCCGUGGCCCUGGCCCGGCAGAAGGACACCGCCAGCCGAUCCGAGUCAGCCUACGGCACCAACACCGGGCGGCAGGGCCGGGCUGCCCCUGGCUUCAAAGCCGGUGGUGGACCCCGUACAACACACACACUAGACCUGGAAGCCGAGGAGGAAAGAGCACGGCUGUGUGACGACCGCCUGGGGCUGGCCAGCCGUGAGCUGCUGCAGGACAGCAAAGACCUUGUGGAAUUCGCCCGGAUCCACCCAUCCAGCAGCUGCCCUGGGGACCUGGCCCCACACCUGCUGAUGCAAAGCGGCCAGCUGAGUGGGGACCCAGCCCCCCACCCCCACCCUGCGCACCCACCUUGGCUGCCCCGUACCCGCAGUCCCUCCCUGUGGAUGGGAGGACACUCCUAUGGCCUGGGGCACCCUGCCCUGCAUCAGAACCUGCCACCUGGCUUUCCUGCCUCCGUGCCCGGCUCGAUGCCCUCUGUGUUCCCCCUCUCCCAGGACACCGCCACACAGCUGGUCAUUCUACCCUCAGAGCCCACGCCCCAUACCACGCCUCACACACUUGCCGAUGUCAUGGACCAGGCCUCGCUGUGGCCCUCCAUGUAUGGGGGCCGUGGCCCCACGUCCCACAUGCAGCCGCCAGGCCAGCUGCCCGUCUACUCGAGGUCACAGCUGCUGCGGCAGCAGAGGGCGGCACAGGCGCUGGAGCUGCCGCGGGCCUCGCAACUCCAGCGCAAGCCAGAAGAUCAGCAGCACCCGGAGCCUGAGGGGCCGCCCCCAGAGAAGGCCCUCACAUCCACCCACAAGCCAGUUGCCUUAACCCCCGCGGCCAAGGACGCCUCCUCGUCCACCACCUCCGCAGGCCUGGUCAAGCUGUCGCCCUGUUGCCACUCGCCCACCAUGAAGCCCCCUGCUGGCUGCCCCACCCCACCCCCACAACCUGCUGCCCCGUGCACUUUAUCUCUCUGCCCGGCCGGUAGCCCUGGGCCCAGCUCCCAGGUGCCUGGUGCCAAGGAUAGGAGUGGCAGCAGUCAGCAGCCUGGGAUGGACCUCACCACCUUGGAGCCAGACCUGCCUCCUGGAUGUGUGCACCCUCCAACCAACACGGGCUUUGCCACCCUGCCCACAGACACACUCGCUUCUGACCUCGCAGACCCCAAAACUAUGCAAACUCGGGCCCCACCUGAGCCACCACCACCGGGUUCCUGCUGCCCCAGGAGCCUGGAGGAGCCUGGACUGUGCUCGGGGGCCAAGGAGACCACCCAGGACCUCACCACCCCCUGUCCCGCCGAGCGGGGCACCCCGGGCAAGGCAGCAGACCCCGGCCCACUCAAGGGGCUGCCAGAACUGCGGGGCGGAGCCCUCCUCAAAGGAGGAGGCCCAGAGGCCGCUGGCCAGGCCCAUUGUACUCAGGGAGAGGCACCGGAGGAUCAGCCUGUGGAGCAGGUGUGGGAGGAAGGCCCACAAGGACCUGUGCCUGAUGCCCACGCCCUGGCCCCGGAAUCACAGGCGGUCAGCCCGAGCCCCCUGGAGGAAGAUGAGGGGGCACCCCCAGCCCCUGAGGAGACUGAGCUGGAGGAAGGAAGCAUAGAGGACUCAGAGGAGUACUGGGGGACACCUCCUGACAGCAGCCAUUCAGCCAGGGCACUUCCCGGCCUGGACGCCCUGGUGGCUGCCACCAUCAACCUGGGGGACCUGCCCAGCGUGGACCUGUCAGUCACUCAGCCCCGUGGCUCAGGGAUGCCCGGCAUUGCCCUGCUCAGCGAGCUGGCAGAGCUGGAGACCCAGCGGCAACAGAGUGAGCAGGCUGUGCAAGCCGCAGAAGACGUGCUGACCUUCAACCUCCAGCACCUGGCCACGCUGGCCACAGCCUGGUCUCUGGUGGAAGCCGCUGACCUGGACAGCCUGGCCACCUCAGCCCCGCCUCCAGCCGCUGACCCCAGCAGCAGCCCCAGGCUGACCGCUCGCAUGCAGAUCCUGCGGCGCAAGGACACCUGGACCCCCAAGGCCAAGCCUGUGUGCCCCCUGAAGGUCGCUAUUGAGCAGCUGGACACCCAGGAGGUGGAGCUGCGUGUGCGGCUGGCCGAGCUGCAGCGGCGCUACAAGGAGAAGCAGCGGGAGCUGGCGCGGCUGCAGCGCAGGCACGACCACGAGAGGGAUGAGAGCUCCCGGAGCCCUGCACGACGGGGGCCUGGCCGGCCCAGGAAGCGCAAACACUCCAGCUCACUGCCCGCUCUGCGUCCUGGGGGCCAGCUGGCCAGGGGUGACAGCAAGAAAGUCAAGGCGGUGCGGGCCAGCCUGAGUCUGCUGUGUGCCGAACUGCGAGGUGCAGGAGAGCCCCCCAAGAAACGGAGCAGACUGGAGAAGAGCGUGUACACCAGCUUGCAGGCUGCGGACAAGGUGCGAUGCAGAAAGCACAGCGGCCAGGGUGAGCUGGCCUCAGCGGUGGCCCACCAGGUGUCCCAGCUGAGGCCGAAGGUCAGAAGCCAGGGACUGCCUGCCGGGCUGGGUCCCUUCCCGCGAAAGGAGGCCACCCCGGGUAGGCGCAUCCGCAAAAAGCUCUCCCGGGCCAAGAAGGCCACGGCGCCCGGGGCCUCCCGACACCCACAGCCCGGCGGGGAUGUGCCCGAGUCUCCAGCCCAGCCAGAGGCAGGCAACGGUUACGACAGUGAGGAUGACCGAGCCGCUGCCCACGAGCCUGGGUUGCUGCUGCACGCAGGGGCCAGAAUGGCGGUCCUGGGGCCGUCCCCCUCCUCCGUGGUCAAGAUGGAAGCCAACCAGAAGGCCAAGAAAAAGAAGGAGAGACAGGGCCUGCUAGGGCCCUGCCACCUAUCCAGCCCUGAGGGUGAGGUCAAGAUCAAGAGACGGACCAGCAAAGUCAAGGUGGGUGCCAAGCUGGAGCGGGCAGCAGGCCGGAGGCUCUCAGGUGCCUCUGGCAAGAAGAGAGCUAAGAACAAGGCCAGAGCCAGCCUGCGGGCGGAGCCAGGGGCCACCCCUGGCAGGGACGCUCUCCUCGGACCCACACGGGCCUUCCCCUGCCGUGCCGAGGGCAACAAGCUGGCCAGUGAGCGCCUCAAGAGAGCAACGCGCAAGAGUGCAGUGCUGCCGGCUGCCCUGCGGCGGAAGAACGGGGCGCUGUCCAUCACCCUGUCAGCCCGCAAUGCCAAAGCCAUCCUGGGGAAGGGCAGGAAACCAGGCAAGGUGAAGACCACCGGCAAGCAGGGCCAGGGCUGUGCCGUGAACCGGCUGCUGGAGAGCUUCGCUGGCGAGGCUGAGUUGGAGAUGGAUGACAACAGCAGCUUUGAGGACGAGGACGAAGAGGAGGAAGAAAGAGCAGGGUCUGCCAGGGGGGCUCUGAGUGCGGAGCAGAGUGCAACCCUGGCGCGCUCCUGCACCAUCCACAAGGAGGACCUGCAGGAUGGACUGCCCGUGCUCAUCCCCAAGGAGGAUAGCCUGCUGUAUGCGGGCAGCGUGAGGACACUGCACCCGCCAGACAUCUACAGCAUCGUCAUUGAGGGCGAAAGAGGCAACCGCCAGCGCAUCUACUCGCUGGAGCAGCUGCUGCAGGAGGCGGUUCUCGACGUCCGACCACAGUCCAGCCGCUACCUCCCACCUGGCACACGGGUCUGUGCCUACUGGAGCCAGAAGUCUCGGUGCCUAUACCCUGGCAACGUGAUCCGAGGAGCCUCGAGUGACGAGGAGGAGGACCCGGACUCCGUGGUGGUGGAGUUCGACGAUGGUGACACGGGCCACAUUGCCGUUUCCAACAUCAGGCUGCUGCCCCCUGACUUCAAGAUCCAGUGCACGGAACCCUCUCCAGCCCUGCUGGUGUCCACUAGCUGCCGCAGGACCAAGAAGGCAUCCAGUGAGGCACCCUUGCCCAGUGAAGCCCCCACCCCCAGCCUGUCGCCCAAAGUGCAGGACAGCUCUGAAUCCAAGACCCCUGGGAAGAAAUCUGUUGGCAAGGACAAGACUGGCAAAGCCGAACUCCUCAGCUCAGGUGCCAAAGCCCCACCGGGGGCCUCGGACCACUUCCUGGGACGCCGCUGCAGCCCCCUGCUGAGCUGGUCGGCUGUGGCGCAGACCAAGCGGAAGGCGGCUGCUGGCAAAGGCCCCGGGCUGCUGCAGAACCUCUUCCCGCUCAGCGGUAGCACCAGGAGGCUGCGGGCCCGCGAGGCCCUGUUCCCUGUGCACAGCAUGUCCGCACCGGUCUUCGGCAACAGCUUCCGCGCCGACUCCUUCAGCAGCCUGGCCAACUCCUAUGCACCCUUCCUGGGCAGUGGGGCAGGCCCCGGGCUGCCCGGGGGAGCCCACAGGCUGCUGCGGGCCAAAAAGGCAGAGCGGGCGGAGGCUGAGCGGGCUGGCGGGCGGCGGCGGGCGAGCAGCGAGUUCCUGGUCAAGCUGGACCACGAGGGUGUCACCUCCCCUAAGAACAAGACCUGCAAGGCACUGCUGGUGGGUGACAAAGACUUCGGCCCCAAGCUGGCACGGCCUCUGCCCAGCCCCAGCUAUGCACACCCGGCCCUGGCCGGCAAGGACAAGAAGGGCCGGGCACCUGUCCACUCGCUGCCUGUGGGGCUGGCACUGCGCAAGUACACGGGCCAGGCUGAGUUCACCCUGCCCUGUGACAGCGACUGCCACAGCUCCUACUCGGACGACGAUGAGGACAGUCCGGGACUGGCGGCCAGCGUGCCACCCCGCUUCCUUACCCGCCUGCCCACCUCCUCCUCCUCGUCCGGCUCAUCCACCUCCUCCUCCUCGGGUUCCAUGUCCACAUCCAGCCUCUGCUCCUCGGAGAACGAGGACUCCUCCUACAGCUCAGACGAUGAGGACCCGGCCCUGCUGCUGCAGACCCGCCUGGCGCAGCCGGUGCCCGCCCUGCUGGCCCCACCCGAGGCCCUGCACUCCAAGGGAGGCGGCCCCCACACCCACACCCCCCGCUGCUUCCUAUCCAGGGCAACGGUGGCCGGCAUGGGCACUGGCACAGGGCCUGGCAGUGGCAGGAACAAGCUCAAACACAAGGAGACCCUGGGCUUCUCCAAAGCCAAAGAGCUCUCCCGGAGGCAGCGGCUGCCGUCCACGGAGAGCCGGCCAAAGAUGGCGGCCUUCCUGCCCGCCCGGCAGCUGUGGGAGUGGUCAGGAAACCCCACGCAGAGGCGUGGCAUGAAAGGGAAGGCCAGGAAGCUGUUCUACAAGGCCAUCGUCCGAGGCAGCGAGACUCUCCGUGUCGGGGACUGUGCCGUGUUCCUGUCGGCUGGGAGGCCUAACCUGCCCUACAUCGGCCGCAUUGAGAGCAUGUGGGAGUCGUGGGGCAGCAACAUGGUGGUGCGCGUCAAGUGGUUCUACCACCCUGAGGAGACCUCGCUGGGGAAGCGGCAGAGUGACGGCAAGAAUGCGCUGUACCAGUCCCACCACGAGGACGAGAAUGACGUGCAGACCAUCUCCCACAAGUGCCAGGUGGUGAGCCGUGAGCAGUACCAGCAGCUGAGCGACGGGCGGCGCGGCCAGGACCGGCACGACCUCUACUACCUGGCCGGCACCUACGACCCCACCACAGGACGCCUGGUGACCGCCGAGGGCGUGCCAGUGCUCUGCUGAGCGCCGAGAGGAGCCAGGCCCCGGGGCUGUCCCUGGAGGAGAGCACCCCAGUCGCCCCCUGUUUUCCCGCGUUGGCAGUUCAUGAGAGAUUCGAAUCCAAGCCAUAUUUCCCUAGUACCUCCGCUGUCUCCCGCCAGGGAAAGCAGAAAUCAGGUGUGUUGUCUAUUUAUUUCUCUCUGUAAAUACGGUGUUUCAGGGGUGGGGGGUGUUUAUGGACAAAGUGGACCGGGAUGUCCCCCAUCCUCGUGAUGAGGAUGUGUGUGUGUGUGUGUGUGCGCGCGCGUGUAGGGAUUUUGUUCUGGGGUUUUCUUUGGAAAUGCACUGUUCUCAGCCUCGACAAGUCCCCACGGAGGCGUCUCUGCCCACAGAGCUGAGGGGGGCGGCGCCCUCCCAGCCCCUCACCCCAGGGGCAACGGUGUGGGCAGGAUGUGGCUG